UAUAUGGGAGGUCUGUAAGUAGAGGUUGAUCAGUCCCUGAAUAACAUUGACACCACUGUGCGUCAGUGUUGAAUUAUACGAGGGCUCGCUCGAUGCAGCAUGUUCAACUCACCUCACUUGAUCUACUGUAACUGCGCCUCUGUACCGGUGCUUCACAGCCCCAAUGUUUAUUCCGUGUGGAACUGUCCUAUCCAAGCGUCGCCCUCCGUUUACGGGACAUCGUUAGACAGGACGGCCACACACGGCGGAUCAAGCGAACAAACUGAAAACAGCGAAACGAACUCGUCGUCGAGCAGAAACCUCAAGUUUGGAAUUGAGAAUAUUCUAUACGGCAAGUUACAAUCAGACCAACCUGUUAUUCACAGACCGUUUCUAAGCAACCAUGAGCUCGCCUACAUUCAUCAUCAGCCCUUCAGUUCACCCAUGCGCACUUCCAGCCGGCCAUGGUGUCGCCCAGUCUUUACGCAGCUCCAACGACGAGGCCUGGAGAAGCGUUUCCAGGUAACCAAGUACGUGACAAAAAGGGAGAGGUUACAGAUCGGCGCCAUGUUGGGUUUGUCUGAGACGCAGGUGAAAGUGUGGUUCCAGAACAGGAGAACAAAAUGGAGACAUGAGGCUGCGCGGAAAGAAGAAAAACUGAAAGAGAAAUCGUUGAAAAAGGUGGAAGAAAGUCAGCAAGAAGAAGAAGAAACGACGAUUGAAAGUGACGAGACUGAGGAAAUCAUUGGAGAGUGUUCUAGUGAGGUCAGCGUCAAAGAGUUGUGAUAACGUGAUGACGAAAAAUAACAUCAUGAGAAAAGUAAUUGUGAUUCUUAGCGACAACCGAACGCAAUUUUUUUUUUUAAUUUAGAAGAUUAAAAUAGCUUUAAUUGCGAUUCAACUGCAACGAGUUGUCACUAAGCAGGAAAAAACAAGUUCGACAAAGUCUAAAACUUUGUCUGGAAAUUUGACAGGAAAUCCUGGCAAAGAUAGCAUUGAAUAACAGGAAAAAAACUAUAAAGACACCGACAUUUGUAAAGAAACUAAACUGAGAAGAAAGAAGUCAAUGUCAUUAUGUUGGAGUAUCGUGUAAAACACAAUAUAAUUCAGUUCCUCAUUGUUCUCACUUCUAGUUGAUGUAAGGAUAAUGUAAAUCAAAACAGUGGCACUUGAUUGAUUUUUCUUACUACUAAAACCCUCACCUCUCGCUCCUCGGCGACGGAAGCAGUUUAACUACCCCACUGUGUUGUUUGAAUCUGUCCUGCUUUGCUUUUUCACGUCAGCCGGUGAUAUUUAACUAUAUGACUCCUAGAAGUGGUUGAUAUGUAUCUUCUCCAAAAGGUGACAGUGAAUUAUUCAGCUUGAAGCUUAUGGGAAUUUACAAUCGAAUCACCAAAAUAUGUUAUCUCGCUAUCAAUGUGAGAUUCUUUUCAUUUAUUUUCACGGUAACGAGCGGCGGAAGUAGAGACUUAAAAAGAUUCUUGGUUUGAAAUCCUCUUUAAUUUGAACAGCAUCAGCUAAAAAGUUUCGUCAGAUCUCUGAUGCACGUCACUGAGUACUUUU